AUGAUGCUGCCAGUCUCAAGGUUUAAAGGUCAGCCAGUUGGCAUGGUAACCACCACAGCACCGUGGUUGUCUGUCAGCGGUGACCCCAGUCCCCCCUGGCUGUGGUUGGCCAGCUGGUCAGCGGCAACAUACCAGACCACACCCCCUCUGGUCUUCUACCCCCCAGCUGUGUGGAUACCUGAACACACACACCUGAUACAGUGGGAACGUCCAGCUGUUGAAGUUGUUCCUCUCCUCCCUCCAUUCUAUCGCUCUUCACCACUUCAUCCUCCUCAUCCUCUCCCCAAGCUAGCUGAAAGCUGGGUUUCACCAGAGGAAGGAGGCAUGUACCAGAGGAGAGACAAACCCUUCUUCCUCACCAAUCACAUCAUCCAGAGGCCAGGAGGACACGCCCCCCGGACUCGCCUGCUGCUGUCACCCUCUGGACUCUCAGGUCAUGUUAGAAGAGAGGCAACAAAGACCAGAGACACUGAGCCAGAGGACUUCUCCCCCUCCUCUUCAUCCCUCUCCUCCUCCUCCUCCUCCCUCCCGCUGCACCUCAUCUCCGUGUCUCCUCUCUGCCUGCCUCACCGCACUGCUGCCCGCUCAACAGGUGGAGCCUACUGGGAGUGGGCGGGACUUCAAAUACGGAGAGGCAAUGAGGUGUGGCCUCUCGUUUUGAGCAAUCAACGGCACAGAGGUGGGUGGUCACAACCAAACAUCAGCCUGGAUAGAAGACUGUCCCCACCCACACAGCAGUGCUUAUUUGGACCUGUCUCUGCCUCUCAGCUCAGCAUUGACAGGUGCCCUCUCUUACCUGUCCAGGUGAUGAAGGAAGUUCAUCCGUCCUUCUUCUCUUCACGGUUUUCUUCCAGAUUCACUCUGCUGACCGACUACAGAAGGCACAAGAAGCAGGGGAUGAGUGGAGGUAAAGUUUCUUAUGGAGGAGCGUUACUGCUGAGGACGGAGAGAACGACAGAUGACAGCAAACAGUGUGUUGGUGUGUCUGAGGGAAGUGAAGACGGAAGGAAAGACAAACGUCCUGUCGCCUCUACUCCUGUCCCUGGGUCGCCAUGGUGUGUGGUGUGGACUGGCGACGACCGGGUCUUCUUCUUCAAUCCCACAAUCCACCUGUCUGUCUGGGAGAGACCAGGGGAGCUGAUUGGUAGAGACAUCAGCCGCAUCAUUGAGGAUCCCCCCCACAAGAGGAAGAGGACGAUUCCUGCUGGUCUCAGCUCCAGCUGUCAAUCAUCUGGUCACCACGGUAAUGAUGAGGCUGAUGAACAUGAACACAACUCCAAAAGGAACAGAAUAGAGGAACCAAUGUCCCUCGUCCCUCAUCCAGAAGAUGUUAAGCUCCUCCCACUGGAGCCUCGUGUCGCUCAUUUUAGGGAAAUGAUGCUCGAGAGAGGGGUGUCGGCGUUCUCCACCUGGGAGAAGGAGCUCCAUAAGAUGGUGUUUGACCCUCGAUACCUGCUGCUGACCUCAGAUCAGAGGAAGCAGGUGUUUGAUCAGUUUGUGAAGAGCCGGGUGAAGGACGAGUACAAAGAGAAGAAGAGUAAACUCCAGAAAGCCAGAGAAGAGUUCAAACAGCUACUGGAGGAGGCAAAGAUCACCAGCAGAUCGACCUUUAAGGAGUUCUGUGCACGUUACCGUGGUGACCAGCGGUUCAGUGCCCUCAAGCGGAAGAAGGAACAGGAAGUUCUCUUUCAUCAUUACAUCACCUCCUUAAAGAAGCAAGACAAGGAGAACAGAACCAGACUGAGGAAAAUGAGAUGA